AUGGAAGUUCAAGCUGUGUUGGUUUUCAUUCUUGUGAGCAUGUGUGCCUCAGGGGCUUAUUCAGCUACAUUUACAUUCACAAACAAUUGUCCAUUCACAGUGUGGCCGGGAACCUUAACUGGUGGUGGAAUGCAACAGUUAUCAACAACAGGCUUCGAACUUGCUUCCAAGGCUUCCUUUUCUUUGCAUGCUCGAGAUGGUUGGUCAGGUCGAUUUUGGGGAAGAUCUCAAUGCUUCAUGGAUUCAUCUAACAAGUUUACAUGCGUCACAGGUGAUUGCGCCUCUGGUCAAAUCACAUGCAAUGGUGCUGGUGCUAUCCCACCAACAUCUUUGGUAGAACUCACUUUGGCUUCAAAUAAUGGUGGUCAAGAUUUCUAUGAUGUUAGUCUUGUUGAUGGUUUCAAUUUGCCACUCUCAUUGACACCAAUAGGAGGUGAUGGUUUGUGCAGCCCAACUAGUUGCCCUUCCAAUGUGAAUGCUGUUUGUCCUUUGGAUUUGGCUGUGAAAGGUUCUGAUGGGAGUGUUGUUGGCUGCAAGAGUGCAUGCUUGGCCUUCAAUACACCACAGUACUGUUGCACUGGUGAUUUUGGUAAUCCUCAGAGUUGCAAACCAACUAACUAUUCAGAAAUCUUUAAGGGGCAGUGUCCUCAGGCUUAUAGCUAUGCUUUUGAUGAUAAAACCAGCACUUUCACAUGUUCUGGUCGACCUAACUAUGCCAUCACUUUCUGUCCAUGAUUCAAG